AAAAACCAUAAGGGGCAUCUAAGGAAAACAAUCCAAUCCCUUUUAGGGACACACCAAAGCUGGGUAACUCAAGUUAAACAUAGCAAGAUACAGCCAGUCUUACAGCUGAGUCCUGUGCCAUUAGCAUUGCUCUCCUGGGUUUUUGAAACAUGCAUCUGUAUAAACCUGCCUGUGCAGACAUCCCCAGCCCCAAGCUGGGUCUGCCCAAAUCUAGCGACUCUGCUCUGAAAUGUAGACGGCACAUCGUGGUGACCAAGCCUCCGCCUGGGGCAGCCUGCUGGCCUGCCAGGCCCAGUGGAGCAGCAGAACGGAAACACCUGGAGAAGUUUUUACGUGUCCAUGGAAUUUCGUUGCGGGAAACCACCAGAGCAGAGACGGGCAUGGCUUACAGGAAUCUUGGAAAAUCAGGACUCAGAGUUUCUUGCUUGGGUCUUGGAACAUGGGUGACAUUUGGAGGUCAAAUUUCAGAUGAGGUUGCUGAACGGCUGAUGACGAUCGCCUACGAAAGUGGAGUUAAUCUCUUUGAUACUGCCGAGGUCUACGCUGCUGGAAAGGCUGAAGUGAUUCUGGGGAGCAUCAUCAAGAAGAAAGGCUGGAGGAGGUCCAGCCUGGUCAUAACAACCAAACUCUACUGGGGUGGAAAAGCUGAAACGGAAAGAGGGCUGUCAAGAAAACAUAUAAUCGAAGGAUUGAAGGGCUCCCUCCAGAGGCUGCAGCUGGAGUAUGUGGAUGUCGUCUUCGCAAAUCGACCAGACAGUAACACCCCCAUGGAAGAAAUUGUUCGAGCCAUGACACAUGUGAUAAACCAAGGCAUGGCGAUGUACUGGGGAACCUCCAGGUGGAGCGCUAUGGAGAUCAUGGAAGCCUACUCUGUAGCAAGACAGUUCAAUAUGAUCCCUCCCGUCUGUGAACAAGCUGAGUACCAUCUUUUCCAGAGAGAGAAAGUGGAGGUUCAGCUACCGGAGCUCUACCAUAAAAUAGGAGUUGGAGCAAUGACCUGGUCUCCACUGGCCUGCGGGAUCAUCUCGGGGAAAUACGGGAACGGGGUACCUGAAAGCUCCAGGGCUUCUCUAAAGUGCUACCAGUGGUUGAAGGAAAGAAUUGUGAGUGAAGAAGGGAGAAAACAGCAGAACAAGUUAAAAGACCUCUCUCCGAUUGCUGAGCGGCUGGGCUGCACUCUCCCUCAGCUCGCUGUCGCAUGGUGCCUGAGGAACGAAGGUGUGAGUUCCGUGCUCCUGGGGUCAUCCACUCCCGAACAGCUCAUUGAGAACCUCGGUGCCAUUCAGGUUCUCCCAAAGAUGACAUCACACGUGGUAAAUGAGAUUGAUAACAUAUUACGCAACAAGCCCUACAGCAAAAAGGACUACAGAUCAUAAGGCAAUGAAUGCAUGAGCCACAGGAGCUGCAUGGUUCAAAUAUCGGUCUAUGCCGGUACAGAAAGGUGUUCCUAGCCAGUCUUUUAAAUCACUUAGCAGCCGCUGCUCAACCUCUAGUGUCCCCGGAUUCUGAGGUGUCUGCUGUCGCUACCACUGUGCACCCGAAUUAUGAGCACAUCUGAAAACUCACAACUAAGAAAAUCCAUUCUAUUUUCUUAUCUUGGACUGGAGUCACCUAUUCUUGCAUUGCUCUGUACACCUCAUGCUAAUGCAAUGG